AUGGCGGAGAGGCAACUGAUCGUGGCCGUCGAAGGCUUCGCGGCCUUGGGCCACUUCUGGCAGACCAUCCUUUCUGAUUACCUUGAAAAGAUUAUCAGCAUUAUUGCCCUUUUUGAGCAUUGUUUCCCUUUUUGGGGAAUAAAAUGUAAAGCUGCAUUUCUGCUGGAAUUCGUCUUUAAUCUUCACUUAAAGUAUUCUUUUGCCUCUUGCUUAGUGCAACGGAGUGGCUGGACAAGAGAUGUUGACAUCUUUUUACAAUGGUUAUCAGCCAUUCUUUUUGCUGGUGAUGGCUUCAAUGACACCGCAAUCGCAGAAGGUCUUUCUGAAGCUUCAAUGAUGUUCCCUUGUGCUGCAAAUGGAAGCCAAACUAAACAGAAUAUAGAUGGGCAAAGGCAUUGUGUUCUUAUCGUAGCAAGUAACCCUCAUCCCUUGCCAACACCAGUCUAUUGACCACAAAAUCAAAAUUUGGAGCAGAGUGAAAAUAUUGAUCCGCAAGCUGAGAGUAGUCAUCUAUCUGAUGCAGAGACCGUUGCUAAAUCAUUUCCUCAUUGCUCUGUUUCUCUGUCCAUCAUUUGUCCAAAGCAGCUGCCAAAACUUAGAGCAAUCUACAAUGCAAUAAGAAUGCCAUUCUCUCUUGUCUUGUGCAUCAUGCGGUUGCCAUCUCAGACUUUACUGCUUUCUGUUUUGGACAAGGCCUGCCGCUUGAUAGAAAUGCUUUUUCCUGGGGAUAUGGUUGUGUUUAAGCCACAAAUAUCCAGUCAGCAGCAAGAAAUGCAACAGCAGCAUCACCAGCAGAUGCAACCACAGCUGCAACAUCAACAACAGUAUCCUCAGUUGCAGCAACAGCAGCAACUCUCACAACUUCAACAACAACAGCAGCAGCAGCAACUUCCACAGUAGCUUCCACAGCUACAGCAGCAGCAACUUCCACGGUAGCUUCCACAGCAGCAGCAGCAGCAGCAGCAACAACAAAUGGUUGGGACUGGAAGGCAAGCAUAUGUUCAAGGUCCAGGCCGGUCUCAAUUAGUUUCUCAGGGACAAGUUUCAUCACAAGGGCCAACAAACAUGCCUGGUGGCGGCUUUAUGAAUUGACAAGUACUUCAAUUGAGUGGGAGCAGUAUAUAAUGAGUUGUGUAUAAUAAAGAAACUACUUCAGCAAUUAUGUCGACCUGUUGGGUCUCGUAGACUAGUAAUUUUAUCAACAGGGUUUAAAAUCUAUUUAUGUUUACAUGUAAAAUAAUGAUCUUAUCAAAUCAGGGCGUCCUUUCUAUUUAUAUCAGAAAACCUUCUGAAUA